AUGAAUGGUAACUCCAACGCUGCAAUUUUGCCAGAAACCUUUGUUGAAGCUAUAGAUUCAGGAAUUAAAAAUAGCAGUGAAGAAAAUCAAUUAUUCCGAACAAAUCGAAGCGAAUUCAGCUCUUUAAGCGAUAUCAAUGAAGAAUUAAAAUUAGAAAUAACUUAUUUUUAUAAGCAUACACUGAUAGCAUUAGCAAUUCAUUUUAUUCAUGCACUUUUUGGGCCUAUUUCAAUACCCUUGCUAUGAUGACUUUUUGGGAAAAAUUUGUGCACAAAUAUGGGUUUCAACUGGCACCCAUUUUAUAAAGGAGAAUUUAUGGCUUGGAGCUGAAUAUUUUACACUAUAAAUUUCCUUAUAUUUAAUUCUUCCCAAUUUAUGAUCCUCCUUAGCUUGAUUUUAGCUACAAAAACAAUCAUUGUAAUAAAAACAAUCCUGGUCUCUAUUAAAUAUGGCUUUUAUACUAAAGAAUUUUGGCAGAUGAUGAAUGAUGAAGAACUUGAGCUUGAAGUCUUAAGAAGCCAAUUAAUCCUAGUUGGCUGACGAAAAAUUCCAUCUGAUAUUAUACUGCAUGAAAUUUUGAAAAGUUUUGGAAGAUGCAGUCGUUCUCCUGAUGAAUUGUGUAUUGUUUUUGAAACUGAAAUAUCAAAAGAAUUCAAAGAUCUGAUAAAUAAAAGUAAGAGUGGAUAUAAUAUAGAAAUUCGUCAUGAUAUAAAGUAUCUUUCACAUGCUGAUAAUAAGCCAUGCAUCCCUACUAUGGUCUUUGCCCAAAUUCUAAUUGAUUUUUCAGUACCUAAAAGCAUUUCAAGGGCAGACAAUUGGCUUCCAGAAUUAAUUGGGCUUUUUUAUGGACUCAGCCCAAUAUUAUCAAUUUUUAUUCAAUUUGGUGCUAAAAAACUCGAGUUUGGUAUUGCUGAAAUUUUUUAUGUGUUUUAUUCUUUAUAUUUAGCAUAUCAUGUCGCAAAAGUUUUCAUAAAAUAUAUAAUUACUGGGAUCGUUGAUAUGAGAAGAAAAAAGUUUCUUAUGAGUCAAAUCAGUGCUUUAAUUAGCAAAAGAGAAACUUAUUGCAAAAUUUUGAAAGAAUAUAAAAUUCCUAGGCUAGAUUUCAAUGAUAUUAGGACUAUUGAUUCUUGGUAUACUAUGAGAACAGCGUUUUUGGAUUUUGGGAAAAGAUAUACUUAUAGGAUCUUUAUUUAUGCUUCCUUGAUUUUUCCUUUAUGCACUUUAAUUAUUUCUUUUUUAAUUAUUCAGUUUUUUGGAAUGAUACAAAUUAUAAGCAUUCCUGCAAUGAUUGGGGUAAUUUUUCUUGCUUUUACAAGUCUGAGUUUAAUAUUUUGGAUGAUUUUAAUUGGCUCUCAAAUAAAUGAUACAAUAAAUAUUCAUAGAGACUUUAUUGUAGAAAUGUGUAGUAAUAUACUGCAUUUAAGAAACACUGAAAAUGGACUUGAUAAUAAAGUUUAUCAAGCUUUGAAUUUAGUUGAUAGGAAGCUAGAGCAAGAUGAAAAGGUUAGGCCAGUAAAAAUUAUGGGGCUAACAGCUGACUCUAAAUUUUUAUCAAAAAUAUUUGCCCUGCUGACAAGUGGAGUUUUAUCAUUAUUCCAAGUUUACUUGAAAAAAAAUUAA